AUGCGCCUCCUCCACCCCCUCAUCCCAACCUCCCUCCUCCUCACCCUCACCUCCGCGACCCUGCACACCUCCCAAACCAACACCACCAUAACCCUGACCAACAACCGCCUCACAGCAAACUUCUCCAAAUCCCAAGGCCGAAUCACCGACCUCUACCUCGACAACCAAGACCUCCUAGGUCCCCAAUCCGGCGACACCGGCGUUGGCCCCUACCUCGACUGCUACUGCAUCCCCUCCGGCUUCUACACGCCGGGCUCCACCUCCCCAGCCCUGCAACUCUUCACCGGCACCGACAAAUCCGGAACCAGCUAUGCAGGCGUCCUCAUGGACGAGACCUACCCGCCGACGGGCCAACAUUUCCAACAAUACUGGUUCCUGCGCGACGGCGAAACAGGGCUCCAUACAUUCAGCCGGUUAGCGUACUACAACGAGACGACGCCGUAUUUGCGCAAUCUGCAGGAAUUCCGCACGCUGUUUCGGCCCAAUACGGAGCUUUGGACGCAUUUGUCUUCGAGUGAGGUGCAGACGGCGCCGUUGCCGAGUAAGAAGGCUGUGGAGGAGGAGGUGGUGGUGCAGGAUGCGACCUGGACGUUCAAUAAUACUCCGACUGAUGAGUAUUAUGUGCAGUUUGCGGAUUAUUUUACUAAGUAUACGUUUUCGAAUGCGUGGAGGGAUAAUUCCGUUCAUGGCAUGUAUGCCGAUGGGAGUACCUCGAAUGGGAGUACGUUUGGGGCUUGGUUGGUUAUGAACACUAAGGGCCCCCUGCACUCGGAUCUCACCGUCGACGGCAUCGUCUACAACUACCUGGUGUCUAAUCACCACGGCGAAGGCACUCCUAACAUCACCUACGGCUUUGAUCGCACUUUCGGCCCUCAAUACUAUCACUUCAACGGCGGAAAAGGCUCCACUGCGUCUCUAGAAGAGCUGAAAUCUGACGCGGAAACCCUGGCAGAUCCGAGCUGGAACGUCGACUUCUACGACUCCAUCGCCAAACACGUGGUCGGAUACACCCCUUCCAGUCAACGCGGCAGCGUGCAAGGGAAGAUCAAGCUACCCAAAGGUGCCACGAGACCUAUCGCAGUCCUGACCGUGGACGGGCAGUAUUUCCAGGACAACUCGGUGAACUCAUCAUCAUACCAGUAUUGGGCUGAGAUCGACGACUCCGGACAUUUCAGCGUGGACCAUGUCAAAGAGGGCCCGUACCGACUUACUGUAUACGCCGACGGAAUCUUCGGUGACUUCGUACGCGACGGUGUGCAAGUGAAGGCCGGCAAGAAAACCACCAUCCAAGAAACCUGGGAGGCUGAGUCCGCAGGCACGGAGAUCUGGAGACUAGGCACACCAGACAAGUCUUCCGGGGAGUUUCGACAUGGAGUUGCCAGGGACCCCACACACCCUCUUCACCCGCCAGAGUACCUGAUCUAUUGGGGUGCAUAUGAUUGGCAAUCUGACUUCCCGGACGGAAUCAACUAUACCAUUGGUACCAGUGAUCCAGCAACCGACCUGAACACGGUCCACUGGUCUGUAUUCGGGCCGACACCGAACGAUCCGCGCGUCGAAUACGAUACCACGCACGACUGGACGAUCAACUUCCCUUUGACUGAGGACGAUCUUGCAGAGCGGUCCAAGGCCACUCUCACAAUUCAACUGGCGGGAGCGAAAGCAGCAUCCGGCAAUACGGACGUAUACAAUGCAUCGGAGCCAUAUGCCAACCUCGCGCUGGAGAGUUAUAUCAACGAUCAGGCGGAACCUCUGACCCUUCUCGUCGGGUUCAAUCAGUCGAGCAGCUGCAUUGUACGGUCGGCUGUGAGUUGCUAUCAGGUUCGCUCGCGCAUGGAGUUCCCGGCGGACUGGCUGAAGGUCGGCAACAAUGUUUUGACCUUGCAUCUCCCGUAUAACGCGACGGAUACGGAGACCGCGAUUUUGCCGGCGACCGUAACAGGUCGUCUCAUUCUGCCUCCGCAGCCGAUCUACGGCCAGACUCCUGUCAUCCUGUCUGUCAUUGGCUCCGAAAAGCUCGAGCCACUACCAGCUGCGUCAAUUCUCAUAUUUGAGAUCAUACGCCACCAAUCUGAGCCGUUGUGGUCCGUUCCAAGGUCAGCAUAA